AUGGAAGAAGAGCUAUAUUGUGCAAUUAUGGACUUUAGAGGAAACAAUCAUUUGAUUCCAAUGAAUAUCAAGGGGACUUUCAGUAAUUUAGUGGCCGAGGUGCAAAGUAGAAUUGCUUUUUUUUCAAGCCCAGUGAAGCUGACUUAUGAAGUCCCAUAUACAGAAGAAUUGUUUGUACGUGUCCAUGAUGACGUCGAUUUGUCAACAAUGUUCGAUGUACAUCUAAGUUGCAAGAAGAAGAUAGUUAAGAUGCAUGUUGACAUAGAUCGAGAUACAUUAUUUGGUCUAGAGGAAAACACCAUUCACAUAAGGAAUCCUACCAUAUCUCUUUCGGAACAACAUGCAUCCUCGACGCAUAAUCCAUCCAAUUCACAAAAUGCAUUACGUGAAGUUGAGAGAUCUAGUAUUCAGAUUCCUAUUUCAUGGUAUCAUGCCAUUAGAAGUGUCGGACAAGAAUUUAAUGAUGUUGAACAUCUAAGGCAAAGUCUUGGAAAUUACUCAAUUGCUCUCGGUUUUAACUUUGCUUAUUUGAAAAAUGAACCUAGACGAUUGAUAGUAAAAUGCAAAGGUGCUGAUUGUGAAUGGAUGGUCCAUUGUAACCAUCGUACAGACUGCAAACGGUUUUACGUGAAGAAAAUUGGUCGUGCACAUAGUUGUCUCGGAGGAGGCAUAGGAGAGAAGGGACAUCCACGGGCAUCUCGUAAGUGGGUUGCAAAUAUUGUGAAAUCCAUACUAAAAGAACAACCCACCUACCGCGCAAUUGAUCUUAAAAAGAAGCUUCUGAGAGAGUUUGGCGUUGAUAUCCCCUAUGGAAGAGCUUGGUGUGGGAAAGAGCUUGCUCAACAGGAGUUAUAUGGGUAUGCAAAACAUUCAUAUGAACAACUUAGAUGGUACAAGGAUAAAGUUAUGGAAACUAACCCAGGAUCAAUCGUCCAUCUAGAACAUGAAGAUGGCAGAUUUACUAGAUUUUUUAUCUCAUAUUAUGCUUGUUGGAAGGGUUUUGUCGAGGGAUGUAGACCAAUUUUAUUCUUGGAUGGCACCCAUCUUUUUGAUAGGUACAAGGGAACUCUACUUGCUGCUACUGCUUUGAAUGGAGAUGGAGGAAUGUUUCCUGUCGCUCUUUGUAUUUGUGGAACCGAGAAUGAGAGCAAUUGGGAGUGGUUCCUUGAAUGCAUUCGUGACGUAUUGUACAAUUCAGAUGAUCCAUAUACUCCGAAUGAUGAGCUGGUUAUAAUCUCUGAUCGAGACAAAGGACUUCAAAAUUCCGUCAAGAAUUGCUUCCCUUGUUCAUAUCACAGUUAUUGCAUCCGCCAUUUUAUGACCAAUUAUAAGAACAACUUGUCAAAGAAAGGGCAUGGGUGGUUAACCUUAAAUCUAGCCGAGUUCUUCAACGCAUGGAUUAAGGAAGCCCGAUUUUUACCGAUAGCGCAGUUGGUUGAUCACAUCCGGGUGAAGAUGAUGAAAAUGAGCUACGAUAGACGUGAGGAAUCCAACAAAUGGACUACACCACUUGUUCCUAGUGUAGAGGAGCAUCUUGUCCUGAUCAACGAGGGUGCACGUUGUCUUCAUGUUAAUCCUUCUACGUCGAUUCUGUAUGAAGUAUAUGAUUCCCCAUCUGUUAGAGUGAAUUUGGAGUACCACACAUGUAUUUGUCACCAAUGGCAAGUUCUUGGACUACCUUGCAAGCAUGCGGCCGCCGUAAUCAGGCACAAAGAUCAGCUAUUGUAUCCAUAUAUUUCUGACUAUUUCAGCACGGAGGUGUACCGCAAGUGUUACUCCUUUCCCAUAUAUCCAAUUCCUGAUGAUGAGAAGCCAAUUAUAACGGAUGAGAAUAUGGAGAUUAGACCUCCAUUAACCUCGAUUCGUAGAGGAAGGCCAAAAACAAAGCGGAUCCCUUCUGGACUAAAUCCUUCUAGAAUGUUGAAGUGUAGCCGAUGUAAGGAGUUCGGUCACAAUCGACGAACAUGUAACCAACCAAUAGCUGAUUGA